AUGGCAGACACGCUGCUGCCGUCCGUGCAUCCGUCAGAGCCUCUGGAUCUCGCGAAUACCACGAUCCCUCAAGUCUAUCGACAGCUCGGUUCCAAGUACCCAGAUCGCCUCUUUGCGCGUCUAAUGAAAGGCGACGAAGAUGAUACUCUACUCCAAAAUGUCACCUGGGGCCAACUUUUGAGCGAAGCACAGCAUAUAUCUCAACAUCUUGCCUCACAGCUCAUCGUGUAUGACUAUACGCGCCCGCUUUUACCGGAAAAGGUGAUUGGUCUCUUGGCAGGUAGUGGUCAUCGGUACUAUACAUUUCUCGUAGCACUCUGGCUUCUCGGAUGGACGCCUCUCCUCCUGUCCCCGCGCAACAGUACGGAGGCCAUCGAACAUCUCCUUCGUGUUGGUGGUGCUUCUGCUCUGAUCACUGACAAACUGCAUCAUGAAACGGGCAUAAAGAUGCAGGAUACCAUUGAUGGGCUGAUCCUGCUCGAAAUGGACUCAAGUUCAGAGAGCAAGCAGGUCGAUCACGUUGCAGUGUCUUCAGAAAAGAGUGGAACUGAUGAAAGUGACCUCGAUUGUGUCGCAUUCUACACUCAUACUAGUGGUUCUCAAGGUCACCCCAAGCUGAUUCCUACCAGCCACAGACGCUUUGUAGCAGGCAUUCAAGUAAGGACAGCUGAAAAAUACGCUGGAUCAUCUGUGUAUGCUCCCCUUCCUCUAUUCCAUGGUAUGGGCCUGUAUGCCUUCACGCGAUGGCCCAUUGGAUCCGGUGUGGUACCCACGUUUGUAACAAUGAGUGGACCGCUCAAUGGACAGGCUCUCCUUCGGCACCUGAAGCGUCUUCCAGGGGCGAUCACUUUCCUAGCCCCUUCUGUCUUGGAGGAGAUCGCCAACUCUCCAGAAGCUGACUUAACACCCCUACUGUCAGCCAAAAGGGUAUUCUAUGGUGGAGCUCCAAUGAACCCGCAAGCCGCGAAAACGUUGGUGACAAAAGGAGUAUUACUGGCCAACUCGUAUGGAUCGUUAAAGUUUGCGCAUAUAAGGUCUGAGACCAGCUUACUUAGUGUGCUGGACUUGCCUUCCGAUGAUCUUCUGGCAGACUGGUCUUACAUUCGCUUCCAACCAGAUCACUACACACUCCAUCUGCUGCCUGUGGACGAUUCACCUGUCAGGGAAUUAAUUGUUUCCCCUAGUUCGAAAGAUAGCCCAGCUGUUCUCAACCACAGCAAUCCAGUUGGUUUUUCGUCUAAUGAUUUGUGGAUGCCGCAUCCCGCCAAAGCAGGGCUUUGGAAACACAUGGGGAGGAAAGACGACGUGACCGUCUUGAGUAAUGGCGAGAAGACAGACAAUAAACAAAUCGGUAUAGCCUUCAUCUAUAAGAUCAUGCACGCCGUUGUGUUUGGAGCAGGGAAACCCUUCAAUGGAAUCAUACUGAACCCAGAUCCUUUUUCUGUAUCAAAUACUACCGACAGAGAGGGUUUUCUAGACUCCAUCUGGAAGACAAUCGAUCAUGUCAAUACUAUCAUUCCUCGGCACUCCCGCCUCCUUCGCCAAAUGGUGAUAAUAGCUGAUGCGAAGAGGCCAUUUAUGCUCACUGACAAAGGAACUGUUCGCACAAAAGAAACCAUCCAGAUUUACGUCAAGGACAUAGAGACUGCAUAUGAAUCUCUGGAAGGCAACAGUUCCACAGUGUCUGGAGACAAUGCUUUGCAAAGUCGUUCCGACUUCCUGGAGGUUGUUCGUCGCGUGGUUCACGAGGUUGCGCAACGUACCCUGGUGGACGAUGAUAACUUUUUUGAUUGUGGUCUCGAUUCGCUACACGCCUUUCAGAUUCGCUCGGCAUUACUCACAAGCCCUCAGCUACACAUACCUUCGCUUCCUUACAACAUCGUCUAUAUGCAUCCUACGAUAUCUCGUAUUUCUGGUUUCUUAAAUGAUGGUUUAACGAGUGCAGCAUACUCACCACAAUUAGCUCAGGAUAAGGCCCUUCGGAUUGGCUCUUCGUUGGAGAAGUUUACUAAUGGACUUCCUCAAUUAUCGCGCCCGGUGACUGAUGUCGACGAUGAACCUGGAGGUCAUACCGUUGCUAUAUCUGGAGCAACGGGGAGCCUUGGGUGUUAUUCCCUUCGAGAACUUCUGCUCCGUAGUGAUAUCAAAAAAGUCUACUCCUUUCAUCGCGGCCAAUCAGAAAUGGCUUUCGAGCGGCAGAUGCAGUCUUUCGUCGACCGAGGCAUUCCUGUUGACUUACUAGUUCAACAAAGGAGCAAGCUAGAAUUUUUGCAAGUGGAUUUGUCCUCCCCAACCCUGGGGCUAUCUCAAGAUGCAUUGACCGAGCUUCGUUCACAGUUGACACACAUCAUUCACGUUGCCUGGCAUCUCAAUUUCAAUCUGACACUUGAAAGUUUUAAACGAGAACAUGUGGCAGGCGUGCGGCAUCUAAUCGAUUUGGCAUUAUCCUCAACUAGACUAAUUCCUCCUCAAUACAUUUUUAUCUCAUCUAUUGGGGCCGUUUCCCAUUUUUCUGAAUCGUUAUCUGUACCGGAAAGGGAGUUCAAGGACCAUUCUUUGCCUGGGAAUCAGGGUUAUGCGGAGGCAAAAUAUGUAGCAGAAAGGAUCAUCGAUGAGGCGUGUCACCGCAGUGGGCUAAAUGCAACCGUCAUUCGAGCAGGACAGCUCUCGGGGUCUACGGUCAACGGUUUCUGGACACCAUCUGAGUACAUUCCGAUUCUAUUUACAUCUAGCCACAAGCUCAACCUUGUACCAAAUGAAUUUCCUGAUACACGUUGGCUACCAACAGAUAUAGCCUCUCAGGCAGUUGUGCGGCUGUCUCUCUGUCGCCAAACUUCAUCCCCAGUUUACUAUCAUGUCGAGAAUCCCACAGCAACCCCUUGGACUGACGUACUGAAGCUUUAUGCCAACACAAUGGAUGAACCAAUCCAGGCUGUAUCGAUGCAGGAGUGGCUGGCUGCUGUGGAACAAGCCGGUUCUACCGGUUUGGCGUCAAUGGAUAUACCGGCAGUUCAGCUCAUGCAAUUUUAUGCGAACCAUGCGGCGGCGAGAUCGUCUUGGGUCAAUCUGGAUGUUACAGAGUCGCUCCGCAUCUGCCCCGAGCUUGACUGUGGACCGCUCACGCAAAACCUCCUACGGAAGUAUAUCACAUGGUUGAGCCAACACUAACAAUCUCGUACGUGGCUGGUUAGCUUGACUGCUAUAACACAUGCUCCCGUGUUGCAUUGUGCCACUACCGAGAUACUUCCAUCGGGGCCCGUAUUUCAGAGCGUAACCUUACUCUCUAAGAGUCACGCAUAUGCCAAAUUGUGUAUUGUAAUUUGUCAUUGAUGUUUUCAGAGCAGUAUACUAGCUUGAUUAAUCUAAAGUUUGAUCCCACCAGAGUAACGGGUCUGAUGGGAUGGUCCUUGCCCU